GCUUUUGUGAUUCAUAAUAUUCAUUCCUAGGAGAUACCUGGACUACAUUUAGGAACUGAUGAGCUAAUCUGAACUACGAGCAAAAAUAACUGACCCGUCACUUAACAGCAACGGAGGGGCAUUUCACGUCAUACGAACGGUGGCUUCGUAUCAUAAUCGACAUUUUUACAGACGCGAUCCUAAAAUCCGCGUUAAUAGUGUUCUUUAAAUAAGCCCCGUCUAAUAUCAAGAAAGCAUUAAUAUUUUUCUUGUGCGUUGUGAGAAAUGGCUGUGAACUAGUUUGGUUUAACACGUGUUUUAUAGGCAUUCGAAGUAGUGAAGUUGAAAAGGUGAACCAGUAAGUAACCUCGGAAUAGGGAAGCCAGGCAGUGUGUUAGGUUUAACCACCGAAAGAUGUUUGAAUUCUGUAUGUGUCGUCAUAAAUGAACUUAAUUAUUAUAUAAAUAUUUCCCAUAACGCCAAAGUUGAUAUUUCUUUCCAUGGGACUUGGAUAGGAAUUCUAAGGAAACAUAAAUACAAACAGUGAAAUUGAAGUGCGCAAAUAAAAUUCGACAAAGCGUGUGUAAAAUGUCGAAAUACAGAAUCGUCUUCGUAAGACAUGGUGAAAGUGUGUGGACAUCCGAGAAUUUGUUCUGUGGAUGGGUUGACAUAGGCCUGACAGACAAAGGAAGAGAGGAAGCAAAACACGCAGGAGAGGCUCUGAAUUCAGAGAGACUGAAGUUUGAUGUUGCUUACACUUCAGUACUAACACGGGCCAAUGAUUCACUGGAGAUUAUACUCAAAGAGAUCGAGCAGCCGGAACUUCCGGUGACACAGGCAUGGGAGCUGAAUGAACGGCAUUAUGGGGCCCUAACUGGACAUAAUAAAAUAGAAAUGGCUGUCAAAUAUGGAAAAGAACAGGUACAAAUAUGGCGACGAAGCUUUGAUGUACUUCCACCUCCGAUGGGAAAAGAUCAUAAAUAUUAUUGUCAUAUUGUUAACAAUCCAAAGCUCAAGUCCAUAAGAGACAAGAUCCCACAAACAGAAUCUCUCAAGACAACAAUGCUUAGAGUGAUUCCCUUCUGGAACAGUGCCAUUGUUCCCAACAUCAAGAGUGGGAAGCGAGUGUUGAUUGUCUGUCAUGGAACGAGCUUACGAGGAAUUGUGAAGCAUAUAGAUCGAAUGUCUGAUGAAGCUGUUAUGAAUCUGAAUCUACCAACUGGAAUACCGUUCAUAUUCGAGUUUGAUGCAGAUUUCAAUCCUGUUGUUUCCAUGAGAUUUCUCAGCGAUGAAGAAACUGUGAUGAAAGCAAUGUCAAAAGUUGCAUCUAUUGGAGAUGUUGAAAAAUGACAGUAACAAACACAGUAAGACUCAUGUGACAGUCUGAAGUUACGAUAACACUAUAGAUGCAAUGAAAAUAGAGCUUAAAAACAAAUAUAUGGCAUUCCACUAGAUAUAAGAGGAGAAACUUGGAUAUUAACCAACAAUUUAUAUGUGUUUAUUUCACUGGAAUAUGUCUGUAUCUAAAGACUUUGACCAUUUAUUGAAACAAUACCAGCAUUUAAACUUAGGGUUACUAAAUUUAUAUACAGGUGUAUCAAAACUCAAUGGCAAAACUUUAGGAAUGGACUCCUCAUAGAGAGAGAAGAAAAACAGUGUAUGACAACAUGGGUCCGGAAAUGCUUAAUUACAGAGUUAUCCGACACGUGACAGUGUGAUAAAAUCGAGGAUAAGAUGGGUGACACAGGCAGUAUGCAAGGGAAAGUGAUAUGUAUGUACAAAAUAUUAGUCUUAAUUCCUGAGGAGAAUAGAUCACUUGCAAGAACUAGACAUUAUCAGAUGAUAAAACUAAAAUUUUAUUAAAAAAAUAGGAUAUUGGUUGAAUUUUACUGCCUCAUGAUAUAAUCCCGCAGGAUGUUACAGAGUUAUCUCUCUAUAUGAGGAGUCCGAUCCUGAAGUUUUGAUACACUCUGUAUAGAAGAAUUUAUCUUUUAAUCAUUUGCAAUAUACAUGUAGCUAAAAAUUCCAUGCAGCAUUCUGACAUAUUUUUACAGAUGCUGUCAAAAGAAGUCCUGUGGAUUGACCCCUUUCACAACUGUUUAACCCCCCCUGCAUUCCCCUCCAGGUGUCUGUGAUAACCUUCACUACCUUGAGCUGCUUGACAUGACCCAUAAUAGGCUUGAUGACAAUUCCACUACUGAACUCAAGCACUGUCAUCCCCACUGACCAAGAUGCGGCUGUGUGCAGCUUCAGUGCAACUCCGUGACACAGUGUGUCUGUGCACAGCCGCACACAGAACCACCACUGCAGAUCUGAUUUCAGUUUCUGGGGGUAUACUGGACUGAUAAUGUGCAGAACGAAUUCCAUAUUCUAACUGCAGGGAGGCUGUUACAUUUAAUAAGCAACAUUCUGAGGAACAAGAAGGUCGGACAAGUGUUCCUUCAGGAAGGAACUAAAAAUGUGUUUUGUUUAUAUAUGUUUGGUCUAUUGUCUAGGUAUUUAAAAUGUGUUGUGAGUUGAGUGGACUACUAGUAGAUGGCAGGUUGGACAACAGAAAUUUUAUCAUAUUUCUAAAACUGAAACAGAAAAAUUAGUUUUUAACAGAGAUAUAUUUUAAUUAUAUAUAUUCAAAUAUCAGACAAUAUUUUAUAAAACAUUACACAUUAAACACUUUAUUUUUAAAGAAUUAUUGAAAAUAAACACAGACGUGAUUUAUAUUUCAGAGCAAGGGCAUACACCACUGGUAACCAUAUACAUUAGAAUGUGGAUGUAGCAGUUAGAUAAGGCCCUCAGUCCUAAUUUUCACUGAAUACCACGAAUCUUUGAAAAUGCUGGAUUUGUAUUUCUCUCACUGGUGACCAUGUACACUGCUGUCUUCUGGGAUGUGUUGCCAUGUAAUCUGGUAGGUAGGAUUUCACUGAAGCAUUACGGAGGAAUGUACUGCCUUUGUCUUCUGGCCGAAGAGUAAGCCAAGUAAGAGACCAGCAGAGUUCUGAUCCUCUCAAAUGUCAGUGUACUUUAACCAGAGUACACCAUAUAACAUCCCAGACAACAGCUCUCUUCAACCUGUGAAAAGUUUAAGUUUCAUAUUCAAAUGAAAUUUUAAUAUAGUAAGUACACUCUUUGAUUAUUUGUGUGUAGCUUACCUAUGCACAUUCCUUCUCCUUUGAUUAUCAUCUACAUUUAUUAAUGUUUUCAUGGCUAAGUACUGACAUAGUAGCAUGGACACGUGGUUCCUUAUCAAUCUAUUUUAGCGCCAGGUUCGAGCUAGUUGACAAAGUACCAUGUAGUGCACCAAUGGAAGAAAUAAAGGCACUUUUUGAACAAUAAAUGUAUUAUGUAGGAUUUGAGAUUUUCACAGUGGUGACUAUGAAGAAUGCCAUUUUCCUGGAUGUGGGAUCAUGUAGACUUGUGAACUGAACCGACAUUUCGGAGGAACGUAUUGCCUCCAUCUCUAGGGUAAGGUCUGCUGCCACCUGCUCAUGGUGGUUCCUCAGUCACAGACUUUUCGACCUGAAGACGGAGACAAUGCGUUCCUCUGAAACGUCAGUUCAAUUCACAGGAUCUACAUGAUGCCACAUCCAAGAAGACGGCAUUCUUCAUAAAUGUAUUAUGUUGGCCAUUUACAAAAACAAAAA